AUUGAAAGUGACUUGAUGACAGAAAAAUGCAAACAGCACUAUUAGAGGAAGCAGCUUGUUUGGCAGGUGCGCAAAUGGUGGCAAUGAUUGCAGAGGCAACGAAAACUUAUUCUCAACGCGAGAAAGUGGAUCCGUUUUUGCAGGAAAGAUGUACAAAGGGGCGUUUUGCCAAGGAUUUUGAAGAUCUCGUUAGCAGUGAAAGCAGAUUUAAAGAAAAUUUUCACAUGGACCUGAGAAGUUUCAACGAGUUGUACGCGCUCGUUUCACCUUUACUACAGCCAAAGAAGCGAACACAUCCAAUCUAUGAAAUUUCUCCGAAAGAAAAGCUGGCAAUUGUGUUUGAGUACUUUGCUUGUGGAACGCUUCAACGGCACAUUGCGUCCGUGUAUCGUAUCAGUAAGCAGCAGCGGAAAUGCAGCGUAUUGCAGAGUCUUUUAUUAAGUGGGAUUUUCCAAAUUGUGCAGGUGCCCUCGACGGCAAGCAUGUUGCUAUAA